UGUAGGGUUCUUGGUGAAGCCACUUCCCCCCCAAAAAAGAUCUCCCAAUCGAUCCCAAUGAGAUUCUUGAUCUUGGACAAAAAUAUCUAAACAUCCCAACGUUACUUGCAGAACACGUCAUUCAAAUUCAGAUCCAUGACCUUUGCGCCGGUAGCCGUCUAGCUUCCUUGCCACCUGUCGUGGCAUCACCGCUAACUGACAUCAUGUUUCUGAGCAAGGAUCUCUUUCUUGACGAGGACGAGGCUGGUAGCGCUACUCAACAACAUUAAGGCUAGUUGGUCUUGAUAGAUAAUUGUAACUCAGCCGGACACCUCUAAGGAUGAAGUAAGUAUACAAUAAACAUCCUAAUCGUAAUCAUACAUGAUCAGAUGGAUCAUCAAACACCUCUAAGGCCUACAACAUCACCCGGUCGUCGUGGGACAGAACCCUGCGUCCUCAUCCACCUCCCUGAAAGCAAAGUACGCCGGAUCAACUGCACAGGUCCUCAAUUUCGACGAGCCGAGAAAUGUCGGAUCUGGGCCUGGUACGACAGUUAGGGCUUUUUUCUACAACCUAAAAGGUAAAGGUGUAAUGAGUGUCUCCUUCUGUUUUGAGUCGAGUGGGACAGUUAAGAGGAGUGGGCUUGUCCCUAACAAACUGAGUAAAUAUUUUAUGUGAUGGAAUGAGCAGGACGAGGAGAAUCUUCUAAGAGACCUUCAAGUGGAGGUGGCAACUCGUCCGAGCCACUCGAUGCAGCGUCACGACAACAGAAGCUGAUGCAGCAACGGGCGAUGAUGCAGCAGAAGAUGGCGACACAAAAUCGUGGCGGAGGCGUGCUCACAAAUUCUAUGGGACUGGGGGGACCGGUAAUUUAGAUUUGGAUUUUUAAGUACUUGCGAGAGUUCGAGUUGUAGUGAUCAUAGAUGAGCUGGAGGUCAUACAAUUGUUUAGAUUUUUCAAAAUCGAGAAAGAACGUUCCACCUGCCAGAUUCGUCAAAACCACAACAACUUCGCUGGAGGAUCGUUAUACGAGAUAGAGCCGCAGAAGAGGAAAUCAGCGACUAUGGACCUCUUUGAAACGGCACCUUUCGAGGAAUCUAGAGACUCUUCAAAGACGCAAAGUCCGAAGCAGAGCUUGGACGUAUGGUUGUCAAUUAAGUAAGUUGAACAGCUUUUUUUCCGUAGUACGUAGUAACAUCAAGAUGCUCGAUACCGCUCGUGUACUGUCUGGUUCGACGUCGAGAAUACUAGCACGAUAGCGAUGUUUGAAGCGGCCUACAACCUGCAAAAAAAAUUCAACUGCAGGACAACUUCGGGUCAGAAGAGACGGGUCAGGAUGCAGGUACAGCAGUGUCAGAAGACUCCGAAGACGAUGCGGGAGGCGGAGUGGUCCUUUACGAGACAAAUUUUUCAUAGCUUUCAUCCUUUCAGCUUGCGACCUACUUUGACAAGAAGCCAUUUCACCUACCUCCUCGGUAGAGCGCUGAAGAAAGGCAUCUGGAUCUAAGUACUCUAAUAUUCCCAGCAGAUCGAGCCAGGUGCCUCUGAUGCAAAUGACGUGGUUCUCCCAGUCGUGACUAGUCCCACAUUAGGAGAUGGUCACUUUGGAGACCCUGCUGCCGACGAAAGCAAUACACCAGCUGGAGUAGGAGGUCCAUUUUCACCGGGAGGCUUUUCGUCAGGAGAGUCACCGCAUUUCGUGGAACAAGCUUUGCAGUCGAGAGGCUUAGCACCAGUAUUCGAUCCAACAGGCGGCUUUCCGCCAGAACCGGCAGGAUCAUCGCUUCCUUUGGGAACACGAAGAUUCGAUCCUAGCAUGAUUGGGUCGAGCUUGCCGGGAUUUUUGAGUACUACUUGUCUACUUAUCAGAGGUCGUCGAUGUCAUUGUCAACUCGAGCUGAGUAUCUUGCUGGAAACCGAAUUUGCUAGUCUUCUUCUAGGUAGUUGAAGAGAUGAAUCAUAUUAAGAUGUUUUAAUAAGAUGUUCGUAACAAUCUAUCACUCCAGUGAAUCGGCUGCCACGAGGCGUGCUGAUGGAGUGUCAGGUAACGAGGGCUGGCGGCAUUGCUAGCAAGUUUUACCCGAAAUACAAAGUUUUUACUGGCGAUACAGGCUUUUUCCUAAUGAGCGCGCAGAAGAGGAAGAAGAACAAGACGAGCAAUUACUGCAUAUCAAUGGGCGAGAAUGAUCUUUUAUGGACGGAAUGCGAAGAGAGAGAGAAAAGUGACUUUUUGAGAUCCUCACAAUUUGAAUUUCGUGCUGCACGGGAUCAUGUACUUAAUAGAGUGUUCAACAAGAAAACCGAUGUUCGUGAAUUUUGAUCAUCAGUAGAGUUCGUCCUCUCGUCCAUGCUGUUUGAAUCUCUAACUCGCAACCCCCAGUCCGUCAAUUGCCUUGGGAAGUUACGGUCGAACUUUAUGGGAUCUGAGUUCGUGGCCUACAGUUCAGGAUUGAAUCCAGCAAAAGGCGAGAACAGACCAGCCGAAGAAUACAGGGAAGAACUUUGCGCAGUCACGUAUAGCAGCACACUUUGGGGUACUAUACAUCAUAGUUGAACCCCUCCUGCUCUUAGAUGAGAAGGAGUUGCGAAUGUACUUACCAAGAACUAUAAUAGGUAGAUUAUCAUGAGAAUUUAUUUGUCCCCCUCAUAAUGAGAUUGCAAUCUUUAUCUUCAUCCCCAUCCCAAAAAAUUAGGCAAAAAACCACGCGGGCCACGAAAGAUGAGCGUGAUUGUGCCACGACUGAACGGCGAUGAUUCGAGAGUCAUCUGCCGACCAAUUAGAACGGACGGCAGUGACGGGUUACUUCAGGCAGGAAGGCUGGCGGAGCAGCAUCAACACUCAGGUGAGGCUUACUUCUACUUGUUGAAUCUUUUAAAAACUGCUCAAUUAUGAAGUACUUAGAUGAAAAACAAAUAAUAUUUCAUCGGAUGUUUUUCUGUACUAGUCGUCGCAGUAAAUUCAGGAUUAAACUACAACAAGGCGAGCAGGUCAUGAUAACUUUGUUUUCUUAUCAACAUGACCUUCAGGCGAGCUCCCAGUCGAAGUUUUCACGAACAAAGCGCCGAAGUGGAACGAUUCUCUCGGAGCUUUCGUUCUAAACUUUAACAAGCGAGUAACACUUAAGGCUGCACAACAUCCAUCUUCCCCCGUUGUAUAGUGGUCCUUCCGAUUUUUUACAGGGAGUAACAGGUAGGACCACGAUGAUGAGUCCGAAGAUGGGCGACGUCUCUUAGUUCUAAAAAGCAGGCUUCGGUGAAGAACUUCCAGCUUAUCAGCCAGCGAGACCCAGAUACAGUGGUGCUGCAAUUUGGCAGGAUCGCGAAAGAUCAAUUCACCAUGGACUUUCGGUAUCCGUUGUCUCCUUUUCAGGCUUUUGCCAUUGUUCUCAGCAGUUUCGACUACAAACUCUGCUGCGAAUAGCUGGAACUGGAAGCUGCAGUCUUGCUCUUGUUUUCUAAGUACCAGGGUUUUUGAUAGGUUUUGCGCUAGCAUUAGCAACAUUUUAUUACAGGGGAUUCAUGACAUGAACAAGGUUACGGGCGACUAUCGCGAAAAACAAGAAUAAGAAUUACUAGAUGGCUGGAGAAGGCCUCCUUGCUGGGACAACCAUCAUUAGAUGAGCAGACGUUGCAAGAGUGAAUUUAUUUUCCACAUCACACGAAGAUGAAACUGAAAGUAAGACACCGUUUUUCUUCAUUGGCUUUGAGACCAGUUUCUUUCGGAAAGUAGUUCAUCCGUUAUCAACCGC